AGCUACAAUAUGUGAACUGCGAGGUUGUAUGGAAGGGAAAGUGCGAACGGGAGUCGUGCUCCGUCUUUGUGUGCGAGAAAUGCAGAGCAUAAAGCAUUCGCCUGUGUGGUUAAUUUGGAGCAUAGAUCGAACUCAGUUUCCUCGAUGUGUGUAAAUAAGGGUUUGUCCUGCGAUAGCCUCGUGCAAAGCGAAAUUGACGUUUGCCAGCAUGAAUGAUGAAGAAAUUAUAAUCUAACAACCGGCGCUGAUGCCACAACAUGCAAAUCAGGUUCCUCGGUGAAAGUUUGCCAACUGUUCCUGGGGACUGCGCUCAAAUAACCGAUCUAAGAAUUCAGAGAGGACAUCACAUUGUAAAGACGGGAACCGUAUUUAAAGCGGGGAUUUUAUCUCUACGACGUGCAUUCACAAUGAAGAGGAGGCAGAAGCGAGUGCUACAAUUUACCUUUUUAUUCAUGGUGGCAUUGAUUUUCUUGCCAAACAUUGGUCUGUGGUCCUUAUACAAAGACAAGCGGCAAAUCAAGUCACCGGAGACGGGUGAGCAGGGAUUUGUAUUUGGCCCCAGCGAAGGACACGUAUCCGUCUGGACGGACGGCCUGCGGCGGAGGGACUGGCACGACAGCGAGAGCAUCAGACGGGACGAAAUGCGUGUGGGUAAAGGCGAACAGGGAAAACCUUACCCUCUUGCUGAAGAUGAGUGUGACGACUCUGCGUACAAGGAAAACGGAUUCAACAUCUACGUCAGUAACAACAUCGCCCUGGACCGCUCUCUGCCAGAUAUACGGCACCCAAACUGCAAACAGAAGCGCUAUUUGGAAAACCUGCCCAACACUAGUAUCAUCAUUCCGUUCCACAACGAGGGCUGGUCAUCUCUCCUGAGGACGAUACACAGCAUCGUCAACCGCACGCCCGAUCACCUGAUUGCCGAGAUCGUCCUCGUCGACGACUUCAGCGACAGAGAGCAUCUCAAAGCGCGUCUGGAGGUGUACAUGGCCAGGUUCCCCAAGGUGAGGAUUGUUAGGACCAAGAAGAGAGAGGGGCUCAUUCGCACUCGACUUCUGGGAGCUGCAGCAGCCAAGGGAGAAGUCCUGACCUUCCUGGAUUCUCACUGUGAGGCCAAUAUAAAUUGGCUGCCACCUCUACUUGACCGUAUCGCACAGAACCCAAAGACCAUCGUGUGCCCCAUGAUCGACGUCAUCGACCACAACCACUUCGGGUACGAGGCCCAGGCUGGGGACGCCAUGAGGGGCGCCUUCGACUGGGAGAUGUACUACAAGCGCAUCCCCAUCCCAGCCGAACUGCAGAGCUCCGACCCCAGCCAGCCCUAUGAGUCACCGGUGAUGGCUGGGGGCCUUUUUGCAGUCAAUCGACAGUGGUUCUGGGAACUGGGGGGCUAUGACACAGGACUGGAGAUCUGGGGAGGGGAGCAAUAUGAAAUCUCCUUCAAGGUCUGGAUGUGUGGAGGCAGCAUGUAUGACGUGCCUUGCUCCAGGGUUGGACACAUCUACAGGAAAUAUGUCCCCUAUAAAGUCCCUUCUGGAACCAGCCUCGCGAGAAACCUGAAGCGCGUGGCAGAGACGUGGAUGGACGAGUACACCGAGUUCAUCUACCAGCGGCGCCCAGAGUACCGCCAUCUCUCCACCGGCGACCUGACCUCUCAGAAGGAGCUCCGCAAGCACCUCAAAUGCAAGGACUUCAAGUGGUACAUGAGCACGGUGGCCUGGGACCUGGCCAAGUUCUACCCCCCGGUGGAGCCCCUGCCGGCCGCCUGGGGAGAGAUCCGUAACGCUGCGUCGGGCCAGUGUAUUGACAGCAAGCACGGGGCCACAGGAACCGAACUCCGGCUGGACGCCUGUCUGAAGGAGGGGGCGGAGCGAACAUGGGCACACGAGCAGGUCUUUACGUUUGGCUGGAGAGAGGAUAUCAGACCAGGAGAUCCCCUUCACACCAGGAAGUUCUGCUUUGACGCCAUCUCUCAAAGCAGCCCGGUGACACUGUACGACUGUCACGGCAUGAAGGGGAACCAGCACUGGCGCUACAGGAAGGAUAAAUCUCUCUACCACCUAGUGAGCAGCAGCUGCAUGGACUGCAGCCCAGGCGAUAAGAAGAUUUUCAUGAACAAGUGCAACCCACAGUCUGAGACUCAGCAGUGGCUGUUCCAACACGUCAACACAACCGUCCUGGACAGAUUCAACAGCGCCAUCAUCUCAUAGGAGCACCCGGGACCCACAGCGGACAAUAACCAAUCUAGCGUACCUCCCAAAAGCGCCUCGUCCAGGACGGUCUUCGGGAGUGGCGUUUGGCUUCUGCUGGUGGUGCUCUCUCAGGAUCUAUUGUCAUAAAAUAAAUAAUAAGAUAGAAAUAGUAAAUGGCCGGAAAGGUGGGAGUGAGGCACUGUAGACAGAUGAUGGUCUGGCCAAUGUGAAUGCAUGAGAUCUCCACAAGCACCUUGCUGGUCAAGGAUACGCAGACAUAAACUGCACUCUUCAAACCUGGGGUCAGACUCGGGGCCCAGGAAGGACUGGCUUUGGGAUUUGGUGUGGGUUGGUGUCAGGAGCACAGAGACUGCAAGGCGGCUUCAGUUUGGGCGGCUCCUCAACAAAUAGACUCACAGCCCAUGGCUCUUGUUAGCACUUUUUAUUGAUAUUUAUUUUUUAUUAUUGUUCAAUCAGUGUAUUUAUUUUGUAUUUCUUUAUGUCGGUUUUUUUUACAGCAUAAGUAAUGAUAUACUGUACAAACUUGAAUCCUUUUGUAAGUAUUGUUAUUGUAUGACGAUCCAAUGAAAAUAAAGUUGGAAAGUUCUGAAGACA